AUAAUAGUUCAGGUGAAAUUUUCCAUUUAAAAAGUCUCAAUCUCAUAAUACAAAACAACCCAAAGUCGAAUCCCAUCAACCUACGCCACCUGACCAACAAAACAUACUCAAAUCCAUAAAACUCUUUUUCUUUACUUCAAAUCCAUAAAGAAUGGAACUUUCUCAACUUACUCAUCAAACUCCUCUUACCCUUUUCUUCUUCCUCUGUUUCAUCUUCACCACCACCACCAUUGCCGACGAUGAAUCAGCCGCCAUGGCAGACCUUCUGGCCUCAAUCUCACCCACCCCAUUAAGCUGGUCAAACUCGGUCAACUACUGUGAUAAUUGGAAAGGAAUCGAGUGCAGUUCCUCUGGAAAAGUCACCACCAUUAACUUAGCUAAUCACUCUCUAAUGGGAACUCUCCCUUCAAAUCUUAAUUCUCUCAAAAAACUCACUUUUCUUAAUUUACAAGGCAAUUCCUUAAAUGGGUCUUUGCCUUUGUUAUCUAAUCUCUCUUUACUCAAACAAAUCUAUCUUGAUAGUAACAAUUUCACUUCAGUACCUUCUGGAUGUUUCCAAGGACUUAAAAGUUUGUUAACUUUAAGUAUGAGCCAGAAUUCAAAUCUCAAUCCUUGGCAAUUUCCAACUGAACUUGUUGAUUCAUCCAACUUGGUUACUCUAUCAAUCUCUAGCUGUAACAUGUUUGGUUCAAUACCAGAUGUUUUUGAUUCAUUUCCCAAUUUGGAAAUCUUAAAGCUUUCGAAAAAUCGUUUGACAGGAUCUUUACCACAAAGUUUUGCUGUAACAAAGAUUCGAAUCCUCUGGCUCAAUGGUCAGCAGAGAGGUUUGUCUGGUACCAUUGAUGUGUUAUCGAAAAUGACAAAGUUGUACCAAGUUUGGCUACAAGAGAAUCAAAUGACAGGUCCGAUCUCGGACCUUUCGAAAUUGGACACCCUUUUUGAUCUUCAACUUCGUGAUAAUGUCUUCACAGGUGUAGUUCCAAGCACUCUGAUGUCUAUUUCGAGCUUGCGAAAUGUCACACUAUCUAACAACAUGUUGCAGGGUCCUCUCCCUUCAUUUCCAUCGACAUUAACCAAUGUUGAUCUCACCGGCACUAAUAGCUUUUGUAAAGACACUUGGGGACCUUGUGAUGAUCAAGUCAUGACUUUGCUUGAAGUUGCUAAAGAUUUGGGGUACCCUUUGGAAUUAGCAAACUCAUGGAAAGGAAAUGAUGCUUGUGAGAAUUGGAAGUAUGUUGAUUGUGAUUAUUCAGUUGGGAAUAAUAAUAAUAAUAAUAGUAAUAAUGUUGUAAGUGUUGAUUUUCAAAGGUGGCAAUUGUCUGGUUUGAUAUCCCCUGCUUUUGGUAAUCUCACAACUUUGAGAAGUUUGUUUUUGAAUGAUAAUAAUCUCACUGGUUCCAUACCAUUUAGCUUGACCCUUUUGACUCAACUUGAAAUUCUUGAUGUUUCUAAUAACAAUCUUUCUGGGGUGAUUCCUAUUUUUCCACCCAAAGUGAAGUUAAUUACUUUAGGUAAUCCUUUAUUGAAGAAAUCAAGGAACUUGAGAAAAGUUAAAGAAAGAAAGAUUGUGCUUAAAGCAGCUUUAGCUACAACAGCAUCUGUAAUUGGGGUACUCAUGAUUUUCUUGGUCUUAUGCUGGAGAAAGCUUUCAUGUUUGAGAAAGGAGAAAAAUCCUGCUCAGAGAAGUAUUGAGGAUUUUCUAAGGAGCUGUGGACCACUUCAAGUUAGAAGAUACAGUUAUUCUGAGGUUAAGAAAAUGACCAAUUCCUUCAAAGAAAAAUUAGGCCAAGGAGGCUUUGGUAGUGUCUACAAAGGAAAGAUCUUACAAGAUGGUUCACUUGUUGCUGUGAAACUUUUACAUGAAUUAAAAACAAAUGGAGAAGAAUUCAUCAAUGAAGUUGCAACCAUAAGUAGAACUUCACAUGUCAACAUUGUCUCUUUGUUGGGUUUUUGUUUUGAGGGUACUAAGAAAGCUCUCAUCUAUGAAUUCAUGGCCAAUGGAUCUCUUGAGAGGUUUGUCUUUGAAGAUAAUAAUAAAUUGGAUUGGGAUACAAAUUAUCAAAUCUCACUUGGGAUUGCUAGAGGAUUAGAGUACUUACACCGCGGUUGCAACACAAGGAUUUUGCAUUUCGAUAUUAAGCCUCACAAUAUUCUUCUCGACGCAGAUUUUGUGCCCAAAGUCUCUGAUUUCGGGCUAGCCAAGAUUUGUAACAGAAAAGAAAGUCUAAUCUCUGUGUUGGGUUUAAGAGGGACUAUUGGCUAUAUUGCUCCUGAAGUGUUUAGUAGAGUGUUUGGUGGGGUGUCAUAUAAGUCUGAUGUUUAUAGUUAUGGAAUGAUGGUUCUUGAAAUUGUGGGAGGGAGAAAGAAUGUUAAUGUUAGAGUUGAAAAUAGUAGUGAAAUAUAUUUUCCUCAUUGGGUUUAUAAUAGACUUGAGUUAGAUGAAGAGUUUAGUUUGAAGAGAAUAAGCAAUGAAGAAGAUAGAGUUAAAGUGAGAAAAAUGAUCAUAGUGAGUUUGUGGUGCAUACAAACUGACCCUUCAUGUAGGCCAACAAUGAGUAAAGUGAUAGAAAUGUUGGAAGGGAGUGUUGAUUUUUUGGAAUUACCACCUAAGCCUUUCUUGUCUUCACCUUCAAAAUUUACACCAGCUGAUCAAUCCUCUUCUUCUACAUCACCACUUUCUCAUUCCUAUACCUCAUUUUUGUAGUGGCAAAGUUGAAAAAGAAGUAAUGAGUUUUCUUUUAUUUGUGUUUAUGAAACAAGUUGUAAAUACUUAUGAUACUAAAGCAAGUUUGUAGUAACAACACAAUGUUUAAUUUUGGAAGUAUGUAAAGUUUUCCCAAUUGGAUUCUUGAAAUUGAAAGAGAAUUUUAGUUA